UACUAUGGCGGGAAAAUUAGGACGGCGUGCUAGAGAAGUUUUCCUCGUAAACCCUAAAUAGUCACUACCACAUCUGAUAGGAGCCGAAUCGACGCCCUCUUUAACCCAUCUCUCUCUUCACGCUCUCACGGUCAUCGUUUCGACUUCCCGCCAUCUCUCUCAUGACGAUCCUUCGAUCUCGCAAGAUUCCGCCAACCAUCGAACCCGCUACGCCGACCCGACCCAAUGAACCCUCCACCGUCCAUCAGUCCCCUCCCGAGUUGGACUCCGAUGCACUUCCUGUCAGGCGGAGCCUUCGUCUCCAUUCGAAGUCGGUUUCCAAUCAAAGUCCUGGUCCAAGUACGACCCGUGGGAGCCGUAACCGGAGGAGAGGGAAGCAAGUUAGGGUUACGGAAGAGAAGGAAGGGACUGGGGAGCAAAUUGCGGGUUCUUCAGGGGAGGUCCGAGUUGCAGAUAAGGGGAAGAGGAAAAUUCCGGAGGGUGAAGUGCAAUCGAGUUUUUUGAGUUUACGAUCAGGGAAAAGAGUUGCUAAGAGAAGUGUGGGAAGUGAUGGUGAGAAUCAAGGAGAAGGAGAAGGUAUUGAUUUCAGUUUAGAAGGAAGGGAUUGUGAAAAAGUUUUGGGUAGAUUAGAAGUUUCCGAGGCGGAUAGAGUAUUGAGCGAGGAUAAUGAAGGUACUGUUAUGGAUGCGAGAUUGGAGGCAACACAAAGUGCUAGGAAGAGUGGUGCUGUGAAUAGCAGAAGGAGGUAUAGCAAAAAAGAGAAAGGGAAAAGGAAAUUGGACGAUAUUGCUUCGUUGCCGAAAGAUGAUGAUGAUGAUAAUGGUUCUGUCAAAUUAGGUUUGGAAUCCAAGGAUAUGGUUUCAGUUGAUAUCGGUGGUUUAAGAGAUGUAAAUCAGGUUAGUGAGAGGGGCCUGGGAGGUUUGGAAUGCAAGGAUGUGAGUUCCAUCGAUAUUGGUGGUUCAAACGAUGGAAGACAGGUUGGUGAGACGGAUGUGGAGGUAUAUCAAUCAAGGACAGAGCAAUUCCGUAACGUAGCCCGACGGAAUGCUUCUCGUUUUGCAUAUUUUGAUCCUCAGAAUGAGGAUGUGAGCCUUCCACCUGCCCAAGUGGAAAGGGAAGUACCAGCUGUGGAAAUGGAGAUGGAAACUGAAGACUGGCCUGGUCCCUUCUCCACUGCUAUGAAGAUUAUUAGGGAUAGGGCGGAGAAGAUGAAUGUGCAGCAGGGAAACUCCUCAUCAAACAAUAAAAAAUCCGUGCCAGUGAUUUGGAAUCCUAAAAAUAGACAGCGUAGCUGCAAGAAAGUUGUGGUCCCUUCACUGAAAGAAUUGUCCUUAAAGAUACUUGUAAAGAAUGCUGAUGCAAUUACUUCGCUUGAUUGUGUCCCAGAUGCAUUAAGACACAAGAUUAGUCAGAUGCUCUGUGAUUCUCGGAAAAUGAACUGCCAUUUUCUUGACCUUCUUGUUCGUGGAUCUCCUAUGGAGAUCCGUCUAAGGGAUUGCUCGUGGCUAACGGAGGAAGAAUUCACAAGAUGUUUUGAAGCUUGUGACAUGAGCAGCUUGACUGUUCUACAACUUGACCAGUGUGGACGCUGUCUACCGGAUUAUAUACUGCAUGCUACCUUAGCUCGGUCAUCAAAGAACUUGCCUGCACUCACUAGAUUGUCUAUUAGUGGUGCAUGCCGUCUUUCUGAUGUUGGGCUUGGAGUCAUUGUUUCUUCUGCUCCUGCACUAAGAUCUAUAAACCUCAAUCAAUGCUCCCUUCUUACGUCAACUAGUAUUGACACUUUAGCAAACUCCUUGGGAUCAACUAUUUGUGAACUGUAUAUUAACGAUUGCCUAAGUAUUGAUGCUAUGCUCAUUUUGCCUGGACUGAAGAAGCUACAACAUUUGGAAGUCUUGUCUGUAGGAGGCAUUCACACUGUUUGUGAUGAUUUUGUCAGGGAAUAUGUCAUAGCAUGUGGUCAUAAUUUGAAGGAGCUUGUGUUAGCCGAUUGCACGAAAUUAACUGAUUCUUCUGUACUAGCGAUUGCUGAAAAUUGUUCAAAAUUACGUGCAUUGGACCUCGUUAACUUGUGCAAGUUGAGCGACUCUACUAUGGGUUAUCUUGCUAGCGGUUGUCAACAAAUUCAGACUCUAGUGCUCUGCCGCAACGGAUUCAGUGAUGAAGCUGUUGCUGCGUUUCUAGAAACUGCUGGGGAGCAUCUGGAGGAACUUUCACUAAAUAGUGUCAGAAAGGUUGGCCAUAAUACAGCCUUAUCGCUUGCCAGAUGUUCAAGAAAGCUGCAGAAUUUGGACUUAUCCUUUUGCCGGAAUUUCACAAGCGAGGCAGUGGGUCUAAUUGUAGACAGCUGUUUAUCGUUGAGGGUUCUUAAACUUUUUGGGUGUACUCAGAUCACUAACGUAUUUCUGGAUGGCCACUCAAAUCCGGACGUAGAAAUAAUCGGCUUGAAAAUGUCAUCGGUGCUGGAUCAUGUCAAGGUGCCUGAUCCUGAAGAAGGUCCGUUACAUUAUUCUUCAGUUCUGUGUGCAUUGUAAUGACUGAAUUGGUUAUCAUGUCUGAAACACAUGCAUUUUGGUGACUUGGAAACUCGAUUUGCUUGAAAUGCGGUAGACAAUUAGGGGGGGGGGGGGGAGGGGUCGUCUUACAUGUUGCUGUAUGCAUGAUCAAGUGCGGGAUUGUUGAGAUCUGUUUUUACCACCAAACGUUAUUUCAAGUCUCAACUAUUGAAUUUUAAGUUGUCGCGAAAAUGUUUCUUUGUUGCCCAACUGUAGUUGAUAUGGACCAGAUAAUAUACUUAUAUGAAGUACAGUUUUAUCAGUAUGUUUUCUUGUUUACGUACCAA